CAGAAACAUUGUGGAUUUUCAUGCUCAAACCAUAAAUCUUCUAUAUUUCUUGCUGUUUAUAGUGAUAUUGGGCAUGUAUAUGUAAACGCAAAUAUGACAGCGCGUUCCUGCAUCCAAAGAGUGAAGUGUCGCUCGACAGAAUCGGAAGGUACGACUAGGUCUAAUGAUGAGCUGUGUCAGAGUGAUGGCUAUGAUCUCAGCCUUCUAAAGCAGAUUAAACUCGCUGUGGCACUAGCUGUUAUCCGGUCUAGGCCUCCUUCAAGAACUGCCAAGGAACAAACAGAGUAUCUGUCAUCCUUGUUCAUGACCUCACAACACAAGUGGCAGGAGAGAUGGGCGAAUGCCCAAGAGGAAAUUUUAAAUUUAAAACAACAAUUGCUGAUGUCACACUCUGGGUCGCUGUCUUCAGAAAUUACAGGGGAGGAGAGCAUGUUUGACAGCCAGUCGAUCUUCCCAACCCCUCCUUCCUCAUCAGAGGCCAGUGACAGAGAUCCUUCCGUGCUAGUCCAAAGAGGAACUCUCGGUACAGACAUGGCAUUCCUGAAGAGCAUCAUCAACCUUGACAGAUCUGGCGCUAGAGAGGAGAAGGUGACCCAUUAUUCACACGACUGCGACUUGACUGUAUCCAGGAGCGACGUUACAUGGGAUACUGUGGAUCACAGCCUGAGGUGUGUGGGGGAGAUGUUGUGUGACCCCGCCAGACUCCUCACGACAUCUUUCCUUCCGCAAGCAUUGACCAGCGUGGUCAGUGUCCUGGAACAGGAAUCUGCUGACGGCAAACUGCAACACUGUCGUCGGACACUCCUUAAUGUACUCUCUAGCAUUAUACAGAGAGCUUUAGCUACUGACAGAAUCCGACAGAGUGGUGAAAUUUCCAGGCUGCUUCAGCUACUGCCCUGCUUUUACCAGACCAAGUCCCUGGCUCUGCUACAGGAGGUUCUGUAUAUGUUCUGCCACCACAUUGAACAGUUCGCAUGUCAUCUCAGACAGGCACACUGUGCUAAAGUAGACUUCUGCCCAAUUUUGGCUGAAAACAUGUAUGAUAUCAUCGUUGUCAUGGAGACGUGUGUACACAACUCAAUGUUACAGACUACCAGGGCAGGACACAUUGUGUGUGGCCAGGUACAGGAGCGCCUGGAGCGAUGUCUGUUGCAUCUGACCCGGAAAUACCCUCUCUUGGCCCAUGCCAUCUGGCGGGUGACCAACUCGCUGGAGCUUUGUGUGACCAAAACUUCAUAUGGACUUGUGUAGAUUACUGGGUUGAUGGCAGUGUCGGUGUACACGUACUUAUCAAAACAGGGAGGAUAUAUUCGACUGAGCGCAGCUAAAUAGUUAAACGGAAUGACGGAAUAAACGCGUGGGAAGUGGAUACAUGGUACAUCCAAAGUGCAAAGGAUCCUGACAGUUAACGUGUGGGAAGUGGAUACACAGUACAUCCAAAGUGCGUAGGAUCCUGGAAAGUAAACGCGUGGGAAGUGGAUACAGAGUACAUCCGAAGUGCGUAGGAUCCUGGAAAGUAAACGCGUGGGAAGUGGAUACACAGUACAUCCAAAGUGCGUAGGAUCCUGGAAAGUAAACGCGUGGAAAGUGGAUACACAGUACAUCCAAAGUGCGUAGGAUCAUGGACAGUAAACGCGUGGGAAGUGGAUACACAGUACAUCCAAAGUGCGUAGGAUCCUGGACAGUAAACGCGUGGGAAGUGGAUACACAGUACAUCCAAAGUGCGUAGGAUCCUGGACA